AUGGUGAAUGCUAGUUCACCUGCAAAUAUGGAAAUUGGAGCUAGAGUUGUGCCUACUAUGGUAACAGUCGAUCAACAUCAUCCUUUGUUUCUUCAGCCCAAUGAUACACCAGGUAGUUCCCUAAUUUCGAUUAAACUAACAGGCCCUGAGAAUAAUGCAUUAUGGAGUAGCUCAAUGCGAAUUAGUCUGUUAGGUAAAAGCAAGUUAGGAUUUGUGAAUGGCCGAUAUCCUAAGGAGAAAUUUGAUGUUUCUCUUCAUGAUUUGUGGGAGAAAUGUAAUGCUAUAGUCCUUUCAUGGAUUAUGAAUUCUGUAUGUACUGAAUUACUUAGUGGAAUUGUAUAUGCUACGAGUGCAUAUAAGGUAUGGACUGAUCUCCAAGAAAGAUUUGAUAAGGUUAAUGGAUCUCGAGUUUUCUUCCUUCAUUCACAAAUUUCUACGCUUACUCAAGGAAUUUCUUCUGUGUCGACCUAUUUUUCAAAACUAAGAGAACUAUGGGCAGAAUUUGAUGCGUUAAUGCCAUGUCCUGGAUGUAAUUGUGCUGAGUCUAGGAAAUAUGUGGAACACUUCGAGUAUCAACGUCUUCUUCAAUCUUUUAUGGGUCUCAAUGAGUCUUACUCACAGUCCAUUAAUCACAUCAUGAUGAUGCUUCCUACUCCAUCGAUUAAUAAGGCAUACGUUAUGAUCAUUUCUGAGGAAAGUCAAAGAUCUCUGAGUUCUUCUUCUUACAGUUCUGAAAUUGCUGAAGGGACAACUUUGUUUAGUGGCAAAGGCAACUCUAAUGUAUGUACUAACUAUCAGGGGAACAAUUCCUCUUACAAGGGUAUAAGCAGAAGAAGUGAUCUUUACUGUGAUCAUUGCCAUCUCACAGGUCACACAAAAGCAGUUUGUUACAAGUUAAUUGGAUAUCCUCCAGAUUAUAAAUUCAAGAAGAAAAUAGGGUCAUAUCUCAAGGACAAUGACACUGGCAAGGGAAAUCCUAAUGCAGGUAGUCAUACUGAUAGUAGUGAUAGUGGAAAUCAGUUUGGAUGUCCAUAUGCCAAUUUUGCAGGAUCUUCUCACAUGUCCAAAGGUUCUACUGAUGCAUUUGGUGCUAUUCCUCAAUUUACUGAGCGAAAAUACAACCAAAUCUUAGCUUGA